UCAGAGUGCUUUCCGGAACCCGGUGAGUGGCGGACUGCGCAGGCGGCCGGAUUCCGCUCAGUUUCCGGUCCGGCGAACACCAAAGUCCAGGAAUCUAAGCAUUUUUCAGUUUCUAGGAUUGUUAGGAAGCUGCAGAAGCGAGAUGGAGGUGGACGCACCGGGUGUUGAUGGUCGAGAUGGUCUCCGGGAGCGGCGAGGCUUGAGCGAGGGAGCGGGGCAGAACCUUGAUGUGCGGCCUCGGUCUGGGGCAAACGGGCUUCCCAAACACUCCUACUGGUUGGACCUCUGGCUCUUCAUCCUUUUCGAUGUGGUGGUGUUUCUCUUUGUGUAUUUUUUGCCAUGACUCGUUUGCUGAUAUCUAAAUUAAGAAGUUGGUUCUUGAGUGAAUUCUGAAAAUGGCUACAAACUUCUUGAAUAAAGAAGACAAGACUCUCAACAGAAGAAUUUCACAUCUCCAAGGGACCCUUCCUUUCAUUUUACACUUUGUUACUAAUUUGCAGAACUCUAUUAAAUGGGUAGGAUUUCACCCAUUCCUAGCUAAGUUGUUAAAAUUAAACCAUUUGGUUCGUGUUUAAAAACUUUCCAACAACAUCUAAUGGCUUUACAGGGGCUGAAUAUAAAAGCAUUUAUACUUAAAGGUCUUGUGUAUUCAUUAACAAAUAUAGUAAUGUCUUUUAAUGUUUUAAGAGUUGAUCAGGAUUUAAUAUGAUGCAAGUAAUAGGGUGAUUAAUAAGGGAAGGUUUUUAUGAAUUCAAAAGCCAGUUAUUCAAAAGCAGGGAAAGAUUUUGAGAGAGGGAACAAAGUAUUCUUAGAUUGCAUAGAGGCUAAGUUCCAGUUUUAAUUUUUAUGUUUAGUUGGAAUCUGUUAUGAAAAGAUAGGUUAUGGGUGGGUGACAGGUUGAUACAGUUUUAGAAAAAGCAGGUAAUAUCAAAGUAUUGGAAAGCUAGCAUGCAUGCCCUCUUACCUGCGUAUCUUCCCCCUUUUUUCCUUUUAAAUUCUUGAGCCUCCUAGAAUGAAGGAUUAUGUGUUUCAAACCUAUUUUUUAUUACUGUUGCAUUAAGUGUGCUUGUGCCCAAAACAUUUAUUUUUAUAAUAUCUGUAACUUGUUUAAAUACUUCAGCGAAGUCAGCAUAUUUACUCAUUCAACAAAUAUUUGAGCCAGACAUUAUUUUAGACACAGCAGUGAACAGAAAAAAAAGGCAUUCUUGCCUUCAUAGAGCUUACAUUCUUACUGUUAUUUAAAUUUAAAUGUUAUAAAACAAGAAUUUACAUUCUAGGGUUGAUCAGCUGGUAUUUAAUCAAAAAGACCACACUCCCAUAGCAGCUACUCUAAGCUGUAGUAGCUAAUAAAAAAUAUUACUGUUGGCCAGGCGCAGUGGCUCACGCCUAUAAUCCCAGCACUUUGGGAGGCCAAGGGCAGUGGAUCACUUGAGGUCAAGAGUUGUGAGACCAGCCUGGCCAACCUGGUGAAACCCUCUCUCUA